AUGUAUCGGGAUGUGUCAACAAAUGUGAGGACAUGUGGAGGGUUGACAAAAGAUUUUCCUAUUACAAUUGGAUUGCAUCAAAGGUCUGCAUUAAGCCCCUUCCUUUUUGCAAUGGUUCUAGAUGAAGUAACUAGACCAAUUCAAGAUGAAGUCCAAUGGUGUAUGCUAUUUGCGGAUGAUAUCGUUUUGGUGGAUGAAACUAAAGAUGCCAAGUUGGAGCAAUGGAGGCAAAGGUUGGAAUCUAGAGGGUUUAAGCUAAGUCGAAGUAAGACUGAAUAUUUGGUCUGCCGCUUUGAUACUCAGAGGGGGACAAGCAAUGAGGUGGUGAGUUUGGAUGGAAAGGACUUGACCAUGAGCGAAUGUUUUAAAUAUCUUGGGUCGAUUAUCCAGAAAAAUGGUGACAUUGAUCAAGACAUGGCCCACAGGAUUAUGUCGGGAUGGCUUAAGUGGAGAGCGGCCACGGGAGUGUUAUGCGACCGAAGCAUUCCAUUACAGUUGAAGGGAAAAUUAUAUAGGACUGCCAUAAGACCAGUGUUGCUCUAUGAUACAGAAUGUUGGGCUUCUAAGAAGGAGCACAUUAGAAAGAUGGAGGUUACGGAAAUGUGA